CCACAGGCCGCCUUCUUUGAGAAUAUGUUUCCGCAGGGCAGGAAAGAGAGAGAGAGACCGGAAGAGCAGACUACUGUCACUGUAUGAGUUCCCUCAGCCGCAGACACUCUUCUGUUCCUCCCUUUGAACUAUGACUGAGGCAGAGUUAUACACACUGUACAAGGGGGUCUAUAUGCCCUCACUCCUUCACCCUCCACAGAGCCUGAAAUACUACGAGGAGUUUUCUUUCCGUCCGGAUGAUGUCAUCAUUGCAACAUAUCCCAAGUCAGGUACGACUUGGAUGCAGGAGAUUGUCCCGCUGAUCAUGAGCGGAGGAGAUCCAGCUUCUGUUGAGACUCUUCCUAACUGGGACCGUGUUCCCUGGCUGGAGGAACAACGGGCCUGCGUCCUUAACCUCGAUCAGAGGCCAUCCCCGCGCAUGUUUUCUACACAUUACCAAUACAACAUGAUGCCACCGUCCUUCUUUGAAGUCAAGCCAAAGGUCAUCUACGUCAUGAGGAACCCCAAAGAUGUCUUUACAUCUUCCUUUCACUAUUAUGAUAUUACAUCCUACCUGGUAAAGCCAGGCCCACAGAGCGAGUUCCUCCACAAGUUCCUGGAUGGAAAAGUUAUGUUUGGCUCAUGGUUUGAUCAUGUGAAGAGCUGGCUGAAUGCUGAGGAUAAAGAGCGCAUAAUGUACAUCUCCUAUGAAGAGCUGAUAAUGGACCUGAAGGACUCUGUGGUCAGAAUCUCUCAGUUCUUGAAGAAAUCUCUGGAUGCUGAGGUGAUUGAGAAGAUCGCAGACCGAUGUUUGUUCAAGAACAUGAAGCAGAACAAAAUGUCAAACUACUCUUUAGUUCCUCGUGAAUUCAUGGACCAGACAAAGUCAGAAUUUCUCAGGAAAGGAAUUGCCGGAGACUGGAAAAACCAACUGACAGUGGCAGAAGCAGAGUACUUUGAUGCAGUUUACAAAGACAAAAUGAAAGAUGUCAAAUAUAAAUUUGUAUGGGAUUAGAAUAAACGUAAUGUUAGUCAUUCCAACAUACCAUGAUGCACAGAAACAACAAUCAUAUAAACUUACAUUAAUUCAUAAUAAGGCAUACAUUAACAAUGUUUAAUAACUGUUCAUAAGGAGAGGAGAAGCUCACUGUCAGCCGUGCACUUAAACUCUGAUUCAGUGUUAAGAAAGAAACAUGUUAAGCAGAAGCUGUGUGUUGAUUGAAGCAGUUGUGUUUGUCAAAUCAUUCAGUCAGAUAGUUUUAACCACAUUAAUAUGCUGUUGCAUUUUGAGGAAUAUCUGAAAAUUACUUUUUAACCCUUAAACAGGCAGUAGUGGAAAAUGAGUUGCAAAAAAUAAUUUAAUGUUAUCACUCAUCUCUUUAGGCCCUAAGAAAAAUAUGUCCGCAUUCAAUAUAUAUAUAUAUAUAUUCAAUAUUUUAGAUUUUAUGAGUUGUAUCUCCCAGGAUACGUUGCCCUAUUAAGGUAUAAACAGAGCCUCAAUGAUAAACAUAUUAAUGUUCAGUUUGAUGAAGAUAAAUUAUACAUUGUUGUAUUCCUUGGUCAUUUACAUUACACAUAGCACUUUUAAAGUUGAUUUUAUUCAUUUUCACCAAUCCAUUUUAGUAAUCUCAUAACAAAGCAAUCUUAUAAAAAAGUACACAAAAACGGAACAUUUCAUGAUGAACAUAUUUGACUUUUUGUGCACUGAAGAUUACAUAAAAACAAAACAACACAGCAAUUUCAUUUUGCAUACACAGCUGAACACUGGAGAAAGUUUUAUGGGUCCAGGUUUUCCAUAAUGGUGCGAACUCUAUAAACAAUUCCCCUCAUUUCCUGUCUGUAUUUCAUUUUUUAUGGAACGCUUGGAAGCAGUUGCGUGGGUUUUUCCCAGUGACGAUGCACAGACGAACACCACAUUUUGUGCAGUAGAUUGUCGUCUGUCCUUCUGGGCAAAGCCUGCACCUUCCCUUUAGUCUGUGAAUGCUGGGAAGUGAUCCACUUGAUCAUGCCAUGGGUCUUGGGGUUGUUGGCCUUUGUAUGCAUCUGGUGGGGCUGUGCAUAUUCUCCUCCCCUCCUUUGGAAGGCCUUCCUUUCUUCUUUCCACUGUGGAUAAGGGCAUCUGCAACCUCCAGCCUGAAUACCUUCAGCUUUUUGUGCUUUUGCACACCAAUGCUUUUGACAUCUCGGCGAUACAGCAGCCAUCCAUUGUUGAUGGCUAUAUCAGCCAUUUGCCAAAAGAGGCCCAGGUACCACCGGUGGGACUUUGCAGGGGUGCGGUACAAGGCCACCAUCAUGUCAGCGAGGUCAACUCCUCCCAUGUGGACAUUGUACUGUGACACAAUGUUUGGACAGGGAACAGCAACUCUUCUUCUCUCCUGUCUGGAGAAACGCCUGACUUCCUUGAGAGGGCUGAUUGCAGCACAGGAGCUAGCUAAGGUGACAGCUUUGUUGUCAGACCAUUUUACAACAGCCACUUCUGCCUCAUUAUCAACCCUGUAGUCAUAGCUGCCCCUUCCUUGCCUCAGCAGAGCACGGUCAUCCUCAAGUGUGUAUCCUUUAAGCCUGUUCUUGCGGUUGGUUCCCAGACUUCGCAAACCAAGGGACUCCUUCAGAUGCACAAUGAGUGGGAGGGAGGUGAAAAAAUUGUCAAAGUCGACAACACACUCUAAUGGGUUCUUGAUGGUCUUGCAGAGUUGAAUGACAACAUUGGCUCCAACUCCAAGUUCUUUGGCUGGACCCUGGCCUGUGCCAAAUGUGCUCUUUCCAGUGUAUGUCAGGAAGUCAUAAACUAUCCCAGAAAUGUCUGCUCGAACAAAGAUCUUGAAGCCCCAAUGGUGAGGUUUGCUCGGGAGAUACUGUCGGAGAGACCCAGCCUUUGUUCCCUUGUAAGGGACCAUCGUUUCAUCUAUUGAGAACUUGUUCUCACUCUCAAUUUCCAGACACCUUUUUCUUAUGUGCUCCAGCACUCGUGUCACUUUGCAGAGCUGAUCUUGGGUUGGGUCUGAUGUCUGAUUGUCUUGAAAGUGGAUGAAUCUUGAGAGGCAUUUAAACCUUUUUACUGACAUCACAUUGGCUAUUUUGGCAUAACGUGUGUCUUCUGCCCAAUAAUCAUCCAUAGAUGGCAUUCUCACCACUCCCAUGAUUAGCUUAAUGCCAACAAAUGACUUGAUCUCAUCCACAGUGGUGUUAAUGCUGGCUCCAAUUAAUUGACAGCUGUAGAGAUUUGUCUGUUCAGCAAUAUGUUGGAACAGAUCGUCAUCAAAUAAUUGGGCAAAGUAGCUACGUAAAGACAGCUCAUCAGGUACGCUGAAUUCACUGAUAGCUGCUGUUGACUGGUGCUCAAACCCUUGCUUACGCCAGCUGUAAAAAACAAACAAAAAUAUAUAUACAUAAAUACAUAACUGUGUUAUGUUAUUUGUAUAAAGUGGUAUUAUUAGCAAGUAUGGACUGAAUUUAGCUGGUUAGUGGCAUGCUACUUUCAGUAAAUAUUACAACCAUACAGAAGGUUUGUGUUUUUUCACCUUACAUCAACUACUACACACAGACAUUUGUAUGGAUUGCACAUAUAAGUGUCCCUAAAUAAAACUACUGUCACCUGAAUCCCUUGGCUUGUUUGGACUUUGUACUGUGAUCCAUCUCUUCAUCCUCGUCAUCAGAACUUUCAUCCUCCUUAUCAGAACUGCCUUCACUCACUGCCUCUAUCUCAUUCUGGCUGAAAAUUACUUCCUGAUCUUCAUCACUGUUUGACUCAGAGUCAGAAGAACUUGUAAUCUCCUCUGUCACUCUCACUCCUGUGCUUUCCUUUCUUUUCCCAUAAAAGGACCAAGCCGAGAUGCCCUGCUUGAAAAUAAAUCUUUUUUUUAAGUAAAAUACAGUUAUACUGUUGUAAUGGGCACAGCUGUGCAUGAUAAUAUCUGGUACUGCAGUAAUUAUUAACAUGCCUUCCAGUUUGAAACAAAAUGUUGAAUAAUGCACAUUGACCAAAUUUCUACCCCUAAUCUGGCAACGGAUCUCAGGGGAUACAUUUCAAAAGCUGCUAGGUAACACCACAAACAUAGUUGGAACAUUUUUUCUUCAUCAGAAUGUUUAGACAAAUGUCCUAACUAAUUUUAGGAAUUUAUAUUGUUGUUUUAUUGAAAAUAAGUAUGACUAAUAUAUGAUUACUUACCCCCAAGGAAGCAGGUUCUCCACCACUGGCGGCCAUGAUAUUUUCUGAUCAGGCUGACGAAACGAUGAAAGAUAGCCUGAACCAAAUCAUGUGAUCUAGAUGCUAAUACCAGACAAGACUUUUGAUAAAUGCUAACUUGAUUAGUGAAAACCUCCCAGCACACCCUCUACAGGUUGUUAAAGAGUGUGUAUCUCCUGGUGCACAGUGCCUGUUUAAGGGUUAACCCAAGUGAUUUCAUGCUGCAACAAAUCUGGUACAUUUUUAAACCAAGCUUAAACAAUCAAAGUUAGUCAGCAUUCCAUGAUUUAGCAUUCCAUGAUUUAGUUUUUCAAGCAACACUUUGCACCACUGAUUCUUAACAUUCCCAUAUUUUCUGUAUGAGUUGUUAAGCCUGGUUUAAUAAAUACAUUUUCACCUUUCAUGUUCAUGUUUGUAAAAAAUAGGGGCUCAUCCAGGAUUAAAGAACCCAUGCUUAGUGUACAGCUAGGGGAUUGUAGAAAUCCUCAGGGAUUGUCAACGAUGGUGGGUAUGGUCAUAGUGACUUUUGCUUUGGUGUAUUUUUGUAACUGUAGCCUAAAGUCAGCAUAGAGAGUCCCACACAUGGUUAAAGGUUGGUAGGUGUUCUCAAUUCAGUUUUUUUGACAAGGGUUUGCCUCUGAUCUGGUGUGAGACAGCCCAGUUAGUGGAACUACUUAACCAAUAGGUAUCAGAAGAACGUUGUUUGUUUUUUGUUGUUUUUGUGCAUUAGUGUGGCCAGAGCAUUUUGCACAAGGUACAUCUCAAUGACUAAGUGGGUUGCCAGCAUGGUGGCUGCCUGACUGAGUCAUUGGGCACUGUGUCUAAAUUACCCAGCACCAUAAUUGCAGUCAGACAGUUUACAGGUUUUUUACAUCUUGGCUGUCAUACUAGAUCAGGGAGUAACCUCUUGUGGUCUGUGCCUCUGAUGGGCACUAGCCUAGUGGUUGGUAUUGAAGCCUUGAUUAACAUUUUGUCCUUUGAGUAUUUGGUUACCAGAUAAUGGCUGCUGGUAGUGCUGUCAUCAUGUCUGCUGUAGAGGAACAUGUGCAGCAUCUAUGUAAGGGUCUACUUGAUGCCUUCACUAAGGAUCAGUUAUUAAAAGUGGCCUAAGGAUUUAAAAGGGCUGCUGUCUUAGGACUCUCUUUUUUGCUGCCUGGAUGCCUUCCACAUGGCCCUCACUUUAAUUCUGUGUGUACAUGUUGAUGUGAAGCUCUGAUCUUCCCUCUGUAAGAUGACACUGUGUCCUUCAGUUAAUGUAUCUGUAACAAUAAAACACAUAUCGAGUUCACAUGUCA